AUGCCACAGACAAAAGUUAUUCUCACCGGCGAGAAAUACUCGACGUGGGACAAGGCUGUGAGGCGUGCUCUAGAAGCAAAGAACAAAGCAGGCUUCGUGGAUGGCUCCAUACACAAAUCGGCUGUGAUCAAAUAUUUCACGAAAUUGAAGGGCAUUUGGGACGUAUUCGCCAACUACAAAGAUGUGGUCGUGUGCACCUAUGUCGGGUGUACUUGUGGUGUGACCACGAGGCUCGCGGCUAAACGGAAGACCGAGAUGAUGCACCGAUUUCUCAUGGGGCUCAAUGCGGAGUCCUAUGGUGUCGUUCGUUCAUAA